UGUGUUUUGAUUAAAUAACGCCGGCGGCUUGUUUUUUGGGUGAAAAGUUUGCAUUUAAUUUGCCGGCCAACUCCUGAAACAUGAACCAGGCCGAAGUGACGAAGCUGAUGUCGCAGUUGCGGAUUGCGGUACGGCCGCGGCACCGAAACCUAAAGAACCCCCGUGGGCCCGAGGGCCGCUUGGAUAAGUUGCGCAAAACGGUGACGGCGCUGGUGAAACACGAACGUAUCGAGCUGAACUAUCAGCGUGCGGACGAGGCCCGCGGAUACGCCGAGCGGCUAAUAUCGGAUGCCAUCCGGCAUGGUGAUUGCCACAAACCCACGAUGGAGAUGGCCGAUUUCUGGCUGGUGGAGAAACCGCUCGUGCACAAGCUGUUCAAGGUGCUAGCGCCGCGGUUCGAGGAGUACAAGGUGUCCGCCACCCGAAUGUACAAAGCACCGAAGGAUUAUCCCGGCUGGUACCGCAAACGGGCAGUGCUGGAAUUGCGUGGCAACCCCUACCCACCACUACUGCCGAAUUCGUCCAACAACCGUAACCUGCUGCAUAACGUGCUGAUGGACGAGGCCCGCAAAGAACACCGGAGGGAGAAGUACGAGGAAAUCGCGGCUCAAAUCGGUAGCGAUACGAUACCAGCGGCGGCUACCACCGAAACUGUCGCUGCGAAGGAAGAUCCAAAGACCCAAACGCAAGCAUAACUCACUUGGACAUAGGAUAGCGCCAUUUGUUUAGAUUUAUAGUAGAGCAAGAAAACAAUAAAUAUCACCAAGUGAAACAACCACGGAUU